AUGUCCCUGCCUCAGCAGGCGAGGCGGUGUGGGCACUGGGUCGUUCCACUCAGGGAACCAGGUCUCAAGAGGCCUCGGGACUCGUGCCUCCAGGCAAGAACUGCUGCUUCACAGACCCUCACAGAGACUGCUUCACAGCCCCUCACAGAGACUGCUUCACAGCCCCUCACAGAGACUGCUUCACAGACCCUCACAGAGACUGCUUCACAGACCCUCACAGAGACCGCUUCACAGACCCUCACAGAGACUGCUUCACAGACCCUCACAGAGACUGCUUCACAGACCCUCACAGAGACUGCUUCACAGCCCCUCACAGAGACUGCUUCACAGACCCUCACAGAGACUGCUUCACAGACCCUCACAGAGAACUGCUGCUUCACAGACCCUCACAGAGACUGCUUCACAGCCCCUCACAGAGACUGCUUCACAGACCCUCACAGAGACUGCUUCACAGACCCUCACAGAGACUGCUUCACAGACCCUCACAGAGACUGCUUCACAGACCCUCACAGAGACUGCUUCACAGACCCGGAGGAAGUGGGCUGGGAGGCACCAGAAAGUAGGUUGAUCGUUCUGUGCCUGUCUCGUCUGCCGGAGGGAGGACAGCCGUCUGGGGUCAGCGGCGUCCUCACUGACGUCAGCCACGUCUUGGUGCCCUACGUGCAUGUGGCCGUAACUCGUGGGGUGUUUUUCCCCUUGUUGCCUGUCAGUGACAACUCUGGAACACGGACUUUAUGGAAGAGUAUUUCAAUGCUCAGUGACGCUGCUCCGUGA